GCCAGGGACCGGCGCCCAGUGACGUCCCUGCUCCGAAGAGGCGUCGGGGUAAGUGACUGCAGCAUCCGCCGCAGCAGCCGCCUCCCCCACCCGCGGGGGGACACACAAAGCCCGCCCCACGCCCCAGCUCAUUGCCCCGAGAGCGGCGAGGGGCCAGCUCUGAUCGCGGGGAGCCGGGGGCGCACCAUGGCCAACAGACCCAAGACCAGCGAGGCCUUGAAGGUGGUGGCCCGAUGCCGCCCCAUGAACAGGAAGGAGGAAGCGACCGGGUACGAGAGGAUCUUGGAGAUGGAUGUGAAACUGGGGCAAGUGACCCUCCGGAACCCCAAGGCCGCCCCCGGGGAGCUGGCGAAGACCUUCACGUUCGACGCUGUGUAUGACGCCAGCUCCAAGCAGGCGGACCUGUACGAUGAGACAGUCAGGCCCCUGAUAGACUGUGUCCUGCAAGGAUUCAACGGGACCAUCUUUGCCUACGGCCAGACAGGCACCGGGAAGACCUACACUAUGCAAGGGGCCUGGACGGACCCCGAGAAGAGAGGGAUCGUCCCCAACUCCUUUGAGCACAUCUUCACCCACAUCUCCCGAUCCCAGAACCAGCAGUACCUAGUGAGGGCCUCCUACCUGGAGAUCUACCAAGAGGAGAUCCGAGACCUUCUGGCGAAGGACCAGAGCAAGAAACUGGAGCUGAAGGAGAACCCAGAGACAGGAGUUUACAUCAAAGACCUCUCCUCGUUCGUGACCAAGAACGUCAAGGAGAUUGAGCAUGUCAUGAACCUGGGCAACCAGACCCGAUCAGUGGGCAGCACCAACAUGAAUGAGUACAGCUCCCGCUCCCACGCUAUCUUUGUGAUCACGGUGGAGUGCAGCGAGACCGGCCUGGAUGGAGAGGACCACAUCCGGGUGGGCAAACUCAACCUGGUAGACUUGGCAGGCAGCGAGCGCCAGAGCAAAAUGGGGGGGCCAGGAGAGAGGCCUAAGGAGGCUUCCAAGAUUAACCUUUCCCUCUCAGCUCUGGGCAACGUCAUCUCUGCCUUGGUCGAUGGCAAAAGCACUCACAUCCCCUACAGAGACUCCAAGCUGACUCGUCUCCUGCAGGACUCCUUGGGUGGCAAUGCCAAGACCAUCAUGGUGGCCACCCUAGGCCCAGCCUCUCACAGCUACGAUGAAAGCUUGUCUACCCUCAGGUUUGCCAACAGGGCAAAGAACAUCAAGAAUAAGCCAAGGGUCAAUGAGGACCCAAAGGACACCCUGCUGCGGGAGUUCCAGGAGGAGAUCAUCCGGCUGAAAGCCCAGCUGGAGAAGCGAGGGAUGCUGAGCAAGAAGAGGAGGCGAAACAGCCGAAGGAAGAAGGUGGUAGAUGGAGAGGGCAAUACGGAGGCCGAAGGGGAGGAGGACAAUGAUGAUGGCCUGGAGAAGAACAUGGAGAAUUACUUGAAGGAGCAGAAGGAGAGGCUGGAAGAGGAGAAGGCGGCCAUUCAAGAUGACCACAGCCUGGUGAGUGAGGAGAAGCAGAAGCUGCUGGAGGAGAAGGAGAAGAUGAUAGAGGAUCUGAGAAAGGAGCAAGAAGCCACCGAGUUACUGGCCAUUAAGUACAAGGCGAUGGAGAGCAAGCUUCUGAUAGGAGGGAGGAACAUCAUGGACCACACAAAUGAACAGCAGAAGAUGCUGGAGCUGAAGAGGCAGGAAAUCGCUGAGCAGAAACGUCGAGAGCGGGAGAUGCAGCAGGAGAUGCUGCUGCGGGAUGAGGAGACCAUGGAGCUGCGGGAGACCUUCACGUCUCUGCAGCAGGAAGUGGAGAUCAAAACCAAGAAGCUGAAGAAGCUGUAUGCCAAGCUGCAGGCGGUGAAGGCAGAGAUUCAGGACCAGCAUGAUGAGUACAUCAGAGUGCGGCAGGACCUGGAGGAAGCGCAAAAUGAACAGACACGGGAACUUAAACUCAAAUACUUGAUCAUUGAGAACUUUAUCCCUCCUGAAGAGAAGAACAAGAUCAUGAACCGCCUGUACUACGACUGUGAGGAGGACCAGUGGAAGUUCCAGCCGCUCGUGCCUGCUGGGGGCAACAACCAAAUGAAGAAGAGGCCAACCUCUGCCGUGGGCUACAAGAGACCCAUCAGCCAGUAUGCGCGGGUGGCCAUGGCCAUGGGAUCCCACCCUCGGUACCGGGCUGAGAACAUCAUGUUCCUGGAACUGGACCUGUCCCCCCAAGCUGUGUUUGAAUUUGAGCUGACCGGGGACCAGAGCGAGCAGGACCCGCGAGCUCUGCACCUUGAGAGACUGAUGCGCCUGGAUAGUCUUCUGGAGCGGCCUGCAGCUGCCAGGGUGAGGAAGUCCCGAUCCUGGUGCCAGACACCCCGGCUGCUGCCACCCUCAACAACUCACGGUUCCCUGGUGGCCAGGUCCCAGCAUCCCCGCACGAUGCCAGCUCAUGAGUGAUGCCCUACAGCUCCUCCCUUCCCUUCCAUCUUACAGCAAGGACUACGCCACCCAUCACUGGCUGCUUCCGAAAAUGCUCGGCCCGGGAAGGGGAUUCCCCACUGGCAGCCUCUCCGCCCGGUCCCAUCUUGUCUUUGUCUUCAGCUACUUCUUGUGUGUGUGUGUUUGUGUGAGACACUCGGCGUCAGUUCCCGGGGACACGGGGGCUGCCUCCCUCCCCCCAUCUGGAUCUGUCACUUUAUUUAUUGAUCAUAUUUAUUUAUGAAGCAGUUUGGCAAUGCAGAGUUAGGAGAGGUGUUCAGAAUAAGGCGCAGGCAAUGCUGGUGGUGGGCACCAUGCAGAUUGCUCCCUUCUACUACCCUCGCAUCUUGUUUAAAGCAGGACCCAGCUGAGCCUGAGGCAGCUGCUUUUCCUUUGUGUCAUUGGCAGACUGCCGGCCCCUAAUGCACAGUCACCUCCUCAGAGGGGGAAACAAGCGGAAGAUGGGGGAGAAGCUAGGCCCUCUCUCUCUGGUGGCUUUCUUGUGAGAUGAGACCACUCAGAGCUCUCCAUGGACUUUGCAUGUGGGGUGGUGGUUGGCUUUGCCAAAUUCCCUGGGAUACCCCACGAGACCCGUGCACAGGCUGACGGCCACUCCCACAAGUGUUUGGGGAUUUUCUGGCAGCUGGACCUUGCGUUUGUUGGCCAUGGAUGAAGAGACACUUCCUGUGCCGUAUCGACAGCAGCAGCAUUGACGUCUCCUUGAGUUCUGGGCUCAGCUCUCACCCUGUGAAGAAAAAAGGGGGUAUUCAUUAACCAAACCUAGCCAACAGGGGGAGCUAAAGUCUUCCAGUGAUCCUGGGACUUUGUUCGCCAACCGUACCGUUUGGCGAUGGCUGGGCUUGCCCCAUUAAGUCAUCUGACGUCCACCUUGGUUCACAGUUCCUCGUUGGGGUGGAACAGCCAGUGGGACUCUCCUGUUCUCCCCAAAGAAGUGCACAGAGGCUGGAGAACAACAUUAUCUAUUUGGAAACUGACCUUGCAGGUCAAAGCAGAAAUGAAAGUUUCUACUGUCCUUGGCAGCUAGAGGGAAAGAAUCAGUGAAGGGCACACGAGCCAGUGCCAGGAGAGGUAACUUGAACACACCUAUCCCUUGCACUGGCUACCUGGACUAGGUGUUACAAGAAGGUGUUAAACUGCUAGUCUCAAGAACAUCUUUGGUCUGGUGCAGGGGCUGUGGAGGAGAGCAGGGCAGCUGGUAAAAGAAGUAAGGACAAGAGGCUAGGCGCUUUUGUCCAGUCCUGAGGAGGAGGAUUAAAACAUGGCUCCGGCAACAGCAUGGACGGUUACUGUUAGAACAAAGUUCAGUGUUCCCGAGUGCAUCGACAUUCAACAGUUCAGCUGAGGGCAGGUGCAUCCUCACCUGAGACCUGGGUGGAUGUGCCAGGCCGCUGAGUGAGCAUAGACAGUUAUGGGCUCUUGGAUAGUUUGCAAAUGUGUAGUGCCAGGGGAUUGGGGUGAGGGGGUGGAAAGAGAUCAAAGACCUUUGCAAGAUCAUAGUCAAAGAGAAAGUGAUUUAUCUGGUUCAUUCAAGAAGACUUGGGUUAUGAAAUUGUCCUUCCGCUUUUCCUGGUCUGAGGCCAGCACCCUGCUGGAGCAGAAGAAGGAGAUGCGUCCUGGAAUCCAGACGACUGGGCUUGAACUAGGAAAUCCUAGGAGGAUAUGAGGGCUGGCCCCAUAGAGUGUAUUGUUCUGAGACCAAGGGAGUUUCUCGUUAGGGUCUGGCCACCGCCUGUCUUGUAGCCUUCUGCACUUACGACUGCUUCCCUCUCUCCCUGUCUCAAUGUCACUGCUGUUUGCCUCUACCAUGCUCUCUAAAACUUUCUGCUCCCAAGUGCGCAACUGUUGAAACCCACAGGCCAUUGAACUGUGGCGGCAAUGGAAGAGUGGGAAGGGCUGGGGCCUCACUCAGCUGUCAGAGGGAAGACACCGACAGCAUCUUAUUUCAAAGACUUUGAGUACUACAUAAAAGGGUGGGGGGAGGGUCACUGCAGGGAUCACUGGGUAGCAAAUCCCUGCAUUAUGGGAAUCAGCUAAUUAGUCUCCCCAGAUCAAGGGCUUUGUACAGAUUAGAGAGGAACAAACCAUUGCUGAGUCAGUUUUCCAUUUAGUCCCCAGGUCACAGAUGGGUAAAGCAUGGCCUAUGAAGUCCCCACAACUCAACAACAGGGCCUUCAACCACCCUCUUGUUUCAUUCCAUGGUGUAGCCCAUGGAAGCUGCAGGCUCAAUGUUGUCUUUCAGAGAGUAGCAGCCCUGCCCUCUGCCUGCUGGGAUCUGGAGUCUCAGCUGGCCGCAUGUGCCUGUUUAAAGAUGAAGCCAGCUGCUACUUUCUCCAAGAUACGUUCAGGCUCCCAACCAGCCAGCAUGGAGCUUCCAAACUGGGCACUGGCCAGCGGGUAGGCCCCCUGCUUCUGCAUUACCGGAGUCAACAAUGUUUGUGCAUUAUCACUACCAACACUUCUCUCUAGCGCUCACCCCUUUCACCAGCUUCUAACGGGAAGGACGGCACUCGUUGUGCCUUGCAUCACUUGAGAUGAUGUGGGUGUGUAAAGCUGGUGAGAGAAGCCACAGCUCUCUGAUGGAGGUUAGAAACUAGCCGUGCCCAUCUACAGUGGGUAGAAAAGCUAACAGAGCAACCCAAAAAAGCACAUUCAGGUGAGGGAUCCAUGAGAUCGGGUUCAUGGAAGAUCCUCCAAGGGACUGGGGACUGUGCUGCCAUAGAGCAGUGCCAGUCACAGGGAGUGUCAGUGAGAGGAGCAAGAGGAGGUGAGAGUGAAAGCUGGGACACAUUCCUACUCUCUCUGUGACCAUGGAGAUGUCCCUUCUCCAGUGCCAGCACCACACUCAAGGUAUCGAAGACAGGCUCAGUCCCCCUUGGACUUACUCCACACUUACGAAAUUGAGCACUGGGCUGCAGGAGGAAGGAUACACACUGAAAAGGGGGGGUUCCAUGUACCCCCUUCAGAUGUGCUGGUAGCUCCCCAUUCUCCCAUCUCCAUGCUAAGUAAGGGGGCUGGGUAAGCAGAGACAUGGCCUAGUUACAUGUGGCUGGGGGGCAGGCAGGCGAUCAGAUUUUGUGGGAUGGAACUAGCUGAGGCUACAAAUGGGGAGCUGUUGGCAGACUCUUUGGGGGUGGACAUUUCACUCUUUCCAUCUGGGGCAAAGGUCUGCAGCUGAUGGUUGGAUCUAGACUGUUCUCAGUGGUACCAGAUGACAGAACAAGGAGUAAUGGUCUCAAGUUGUAGUGGGGGA